UUACAGAUGAUGUGGCGAACAACGAUUGUAGCGAAUUUUCACUUAUUUUUCUUUCAAAUUCUGUCGAUUUUAUAGAAGAAAGUAGUAAUAAAUUUGUUUGCAAGCUAUUAGUUAAGUGAAACGAGAAAAAGUGUAUUAAAGGGCUAUUCAAUAUUUUUAGAAAGCAAAAACACGCGAGCAAACAAUGCAAAAUGUUUGGCAGACUGAAAUACACGACAAUGAACUCUGUGCUCGUGUUUCUGGGCGUUUGCUGCGUAUUCCUGCCUACAUCUUGGAUUGCAGAGGGACUUUCUGAUUUCAGACUUUGUGCAGAUCCCGAAUGCCAUAAGACAAUAUCGCUGGCUAAGGCGAAAAUUAGAUAUCCGGCGGGUGCGGCAGGAAUGGUGUCUUUCGAACCUAACGCAAAUAUACGUGUAAAAUCCAAGAGCGCUGGUAAAGAUCUGAGUGUAUGGGGUAUUGAGGUGAAUGGACGUGAAGGUUACGCACCAAAAAAUUUAAUAUUAGAAAAUAAAAUAUUCGUGAAAGAUAGUGAUUUAACACAUAUUGUGCCAGUUGUACUACCUGGUAACAAAAAAGUACCAUCGAUCGCAUCCACACCACAAGCUGCAGCACUCAAACCUUCGGAAAAUUUAGCUGCGACGAAAGAAGAGGUAGAUCUAACUACCACAUCACCAUUGGAACAACCAUUGGAUGCCGAAAAAGUACCAAUUACUAAUUCAGCUGUUAGCGCAGGUAAAGACGUACCAGCGCAGGCAACGCCAGUGCAGCCCAAAGUUGAAAUGAUUGAUGGUACAGCAAUUCCAGUGCUGCACGAAGCAAGUGAAAAGCCAGAAAUUAAUCCUGAUACAUUGAAGGAACCUUUGCAGGAAAAUAAAGAAACAGUAGCACUUGAAAAAGACACUAAAACAUCAAACAAUGUGAUGGAUGCAGUUGUAUCACAGCGAAAUGUUUUUGACACGGAAGCGGAGAAAGAUUUAAAUUUUAUAGUUAAAGAAUCUUUGGGUGACAAAAAAAAUACUGGAAACGUUACAGGUGAUACAAUUAUAUUAAAUAAAAGGGAAGAGGCAGCCGAAUCACAAAAAGCUAUUCCACAAAUGGAAGAGCAUAAGGAACUGCAGUCCAAUGCUUUAGACAUGAAGUCUGCUGAAAAUGGUAAUUCUGAUGAUGACGAAGAUGAAUACGAAGAAGAUGAUUAUGAGGAUGACGACGAAGAUGCCGAAAAUAAAGAGGGCGAGAACAACAUCACUAAGAAUAAUAGCGUGGAAAAUACCGAAGUUCAAGAUAAAGAAGAGUUCCCAAAAUUAGAAGAACUUCAAGUUUCAAACUCGUCAGCUGCCACAGAGCCUUUAGUUAAUAUUUCCGAAAAUGUUGAAGUGCAAUCAAUACUUAAAAAUGAAUUGGAAACUGAAAACCCUAGUCCGCCGAAUACAGCUUCAGACAGUGAGAACAAAAUUCAACCAUUAGCUGCAGAUAUGGCGCAGGAAACUGCAGAAAAGUCGAAUUUACAAUCCACCGCCGAAGGUGGUAGCGAAAUGGAAACAACGAGUGCCACACCGUCAAUUGGGGAAGAGAAAAGUGAUGCAACACAUGACGAACGAGAAAAAGGCGAAUCCGAACCAAGUAAAAUUGAAGUUGAACCCUUGACGCAGCCGACGAACGAUGAAACGUCAACCAAGGGCAAAGAAGCCAAUGUUGAAGCCACAACGGAGCCGUCAGUUACCGAAUCUGGUUACCAGCAUCACGUUGAUCCGCGCGAAGAGACAUAUGAUACAACAACUUUACCAACAAUGCUUUUUCCGCAUACACAGACACCUGAACCGCAAGUUUCGGGUUCAUCUGAAGUACCGGAAAUUAGUGUCUCAAAUGUGAAUUCAUCUGCUAAAAGUGAAGAAGUUUUACAAACAGUUCCUACAGAGUAUAGUGAAAAGUCACCAGUUCCUAAUACAUCAUCAGAAGUUGAGCAAGUCCAAGAGUUAUCAGAAAAUAAGGCGUCUCUUGACGUUACAACGCAUUAUCCAGCAGCGCCGGUAGUUUCUGAGACUAUUUCCGAAGAAAAACAUGAUCUUAAUGAAUCAAAUAGUGAACAAUACGUGCCUACUUUACCAUUAUUCCAAACCCCAACACAAAAUGAACUCCAACACCAUCAACAGCAACACGAGCAUAAUCAACAACACCAGCAGCAAUAUGCAGAUUUGCAACAACCUCAUCAUCACACACACCAACAUGAUGCUUCUGAAGCAUCACAUGAAUUAACGAAAGAGACUGAGCUGAAUCACGAGACGACGCCAUUUCAACACUCGGAUAGUAACGAAUUACUUCACACAGUUUAUCAACCCGAGCCAGCUAAUGAGCAGGUGCUGAAUCAACCACAACCUGCUGAUUAUUCACAAGAAACGAUACAAAGUUCAGCUAACGAAGAAGUGCAAUCUGACCAAUUUGAAGCUCCAACGCCUGCGCCAUUUGUUGAAGAUAGUCAAAAUAACAACGAUGUGAACGUUGGAUCGCCAGAGGAAACAACGCCUGCCGCAGCGCAUAUCCCAUCAAUUACCGAAUCUACACCAACGGCGCCUGUAGCGGAUAAUGUAGUGGAUAUGGAAACAAGGGAGAAAGAUCAAGGGCUGUUUGCCACUAUACUGGGGACUGUCAACAGUUUCUUGUCGAAUGGUAAAAAAGAAGAUGCGAUCGUCGAAGACGAACAACUGCAACGUAUUUUAUUCCCCGAACGCGUUGCUAGCGGUAAAAAGGCAAAGGAUGGUGAUGACGGAUAUUGUGAGCAACUUACACCAAACAACUGCCCACCCUGUGCAAUUCGGGAUUUGAAUAAUGCGGCGGGCGCAUCGUCUUCUAUAGCUGGCUGCCAGCUGGAUCUGAAUAAUAUGUCCAUAGACAUGCUACUGACCGUGGCUGGCAAUAAAAUGCUUGAAAUGAGUGAAUUGUUGGCCUGCUUGGGGACGGUGGCCGUUACGUGUCUGUUCUUUUUGUUCGUGUAUUACUGUUUCUGUAACAGCAGCCGUGAAGGAGAAUUGCUAGCAAAGUUGAAUGCGUUGGAGCGCAGUUUGUUGGCUACACACAAAGAAAACGCUAUACUGAAAGAGGAUUUGAUGGGUACACGCAACAAACUGUCAAGUAUCGAAGAUAAUUCUUUUGGUUCAAACGAUAUGGUAAUAGCGCUGAAGAAGGAGUUGGAGGAGGAACUGUUGGAAAAACGUCAGCUGCAAGAGCAUGUGGCAAGCCUAGAGAAAGAGCUAGAAAAUGCUGCCGAGGCUGGUCUGGAGCUAAAUAAAAUUGUUUCGGAGUUGUUGAGUAAUCAGACUGGUGAUGAGUCCAUUAUAAGCAGCGUCGAAGAAUUGCAAAAGCAGCUUAAUGAGCAACAAAAAACCAUUCUGGAUAUAAACGCUAAUUUGGCCGAAAAAAGUCGAGAGAAUAGCGAACUGCAGCUUAUGAUUGCCGAGCAGAAUGCGCGACUUAGUGGUGAGAUUGCAUCGCUGCAACAAGAUAACGACGAGCUCGAGGCGGAAAAGGGUAAUUUACAAACGCGCGUAGAGGAGGUGAAGCGAGAGUUUGAAUUGGACAUAACCAAGGCACUAGAAGGCAAAAACUUCGAGAUAAAACGGUUGCAAAGCGAAUUGGUGGACCUGAGCACUAAGUUUGAGGCGGAGCAUACAAGAUAUCAGACCAGCUUGGCGAAAGUGGAGGCUUUGGAGGAGUGCCUGCGCACUGUGCGCAGAGAUCCCAAUGUGAAUAUCAAUAAGGUUAUUGAUGCGGCUAAUUUGCGCGCCGAAUUGUUAGAUAUCCAAAAAAGAUACGCUACACUAAAGGAGCGAUUGGAUACAGAAACGGAUAGCAAAAAAUUAGCCGAUGAACAAUUGCAGAUAGCCAGCGGUGAAAAUGAGAAAUUGAAGCACGAUUUCCAUCAAUCAGAGAAGGAUAAGCUCGAAGCGCAAACACGCUUGGAAGUGCUGUCCAACUACUUCAAAGAGAAGGAAACUCAGCUGCAAAAAGAAUUAAGUCUGAAGGAAGCCAUGUGGUUGAAACAGCAAGGAGAAACCACCAGCACUGUGGAUCGUCUCACUACAAUGCAAGAAGAAAUUCAAGCACUGAAAUCACAAAAUGAUGCCCUUCGCGCUGAGAUUGAAGCCCAACUGGCUGCACACAAGGCGCAAACUGGUACAUUGGAAAAUCGAGCACAUGAAACAUGGUUGGCGGCCCGACAAUCAGAGCGUCGUUAUGAGGAAGCUCGCGCCGAAGCCACAGCACUGCGUCGUAAGCUCACAUCGUUGGCGGGUGUUGGUGGCGUCGCAAUAGGCGAACCAAACUUUGAAAAAUUGCCCGGUACCGAAUUGAAUAAUGCGCCCUCUCCCAUUCACAUGGAAUCGCCCGGUUCACCGUUGUUAGGUCGGCUACCGCCACCGCCAUUCCUGCCACCACCAUUCAUGGGACCACCACCUCCAUUUAUGGGUAUGCCACCACCAUUUGUGCCACCUGGUGAAAUGCGUCCACCGCCAUUGGGACGUUUGAUGUCGCCACCGCCAGGCGCUGGCAGCGGCGGCAGUGGUGGUAGUGGACAUUUACCACCACGACGUGGUGGUCGUUAUUCACCCAACCGUUCUGCUUAUGAUGAUUAUGAUGAUGAUGAAGACGAGGAUGACUAUGUGGAUGACGACGAUGAGGAUGAGGAUUUGGAAGAUGAAGAGGAGGAUGAGCGUAUGCGACAACGGCGGCGACGUCGCGGUAGCGAUAUCAAUGGUAGUUGGCAUCGUGAUGAUUCAUAUUCACCACCACCGCGCGCCUAUCGCUCACAAUCACCUACAGAUAGUCGUUACAAUUAUACAUCUGAACGCGAUCUCAUUUCGACAUACGAUACCGAAACCGAUUUCGAACAAUCACCGAGAAAACUUAAAAUUCGUGGUACACAGGGUGCACGCACGACCUAUCGAGACUAUUCACCACAGCCAAGUGCCUCGUCACCGUUGAAUGCGUCCUCCAAUAGCAAUGCCGGCAAAAAGCAUUCAGCGUCAACAUUCAAUAAAGGCCACAUCAGUUCCGGCUCAGAAAAAUCCUACAAUGCACCACCGCAACGACAUAGCGGCAAGAAGAGUGGAAAGUCUGCGGUUUAAGCGAUUCGGGGGCGUUUAAGUGCGUGGGUGCACUGUUAUUACAUACAAAUAUACAUCUGUAUGCAUCAACUUGUGAACGGAGUUCAAAUGUUUAAUUGGCUAGACGUACUAAAUAAUAUUAACGUAUAGUUAAAUGAAUAGUUAUAUAACCAAAACUAAAAACGAUAGGGGAGAUGCAUUAGAAUAUCAGCAAUUAACACCAACAAUAAUAGCAAUAUCGUUGUCAUAAUCUGCAAUACUCAAACAUUUCGCCACGACACCUAUCCACAUUCGUACAUACCGUCUACAAACGAAUAGAUAUGCGAAGUUUUGAUAUCGAGUUUCCACAUUCUGCCAAACGUUAUAAAUUUACAGCAUUUCACUUUUGCACUUAUUUUUUCUUUUUAUGUGAAAUCACUACCGAAUGAAAGAUCAAAAUUUUCUAAAAGUUUUACAAACCUAAUUUUUUCCAUUAUUGUUUUUGUUAAUAAAAAACAAUCGACUUUUUGUGCAAAUGUUUACAAAAACUGCAAUUAGUACUCAGUGGUGUGCAAUGUGCAACUGUGUAUGACGUCAGCAAGCAAUUGCGUUAGGAUGUAUUGUAUAAGAAAGUGAUUCCAGCUUGCUCACCAUUGGACUUCCGCAGGUGCUAGAUUAUGAAUCAAUAAAUGCUUUUUUAUUGUACGUAAUUAGGUCUAUGUUGUAACAUAUAGUUAUGAGAGUUUUAUUUUAAAAGGAGUCAUGUAUAAAUAUCAUCGCAAUAGGAGGAAAGAAAUAUCAAAUAUAACAAAAACGAAAAUAAAUGCCUAAAUGCGUAAAACAGA